AUACGUACAGUCAGACAUUUUUUUUCCUCCGUCGCCAUGAGGGUUCACCUUAUGGCUCUCCACCCGCUUUUCUCGCUUUCGUUCGCUUUCACUCAAACGGUCACCGGAUUCGCUCUCAUUCGCUGUCCCCAUCAACACACAGCUCCUCCUUCUUUUCCUUUCCCUCCCCUUUUUUUCCUUUGCCAUCAACCAUCUUCCUCAUUCAUCGUCGCUGCCUUGCAUUCGACAAGCGUCGUCAUUCCUGCCCUUGCCUUGCCAAAUAGCCGCUGAUUCUUGACCUGGAAUAUCGCGGCAUCCUGGUCAAAAAUUACGCCAUUCGUCUUGACCUGGUCCGACGUCCUUCAUGCCUCCUCGGCCGGAUCCACCCAAUACUCGCAGCACCAGGAAACCACCCGCCUCGGCAUCUUCACCAGCGCAACCCAUUUCUAGAACUACAUCCACAUUUAUACCGGCGGUGGUCUCAGCGUCUUCGCCCUUAUCGUCGGCCUCCCCUCUGCCGCCACCUCCUCCAAUUUUGACCUCGCACGCCAUCACUCGACACCAGGUGAAGGUCUCCAAAAAGGCACGACUCGACUACAUCACCUUUUCCUCAGGAAUCGACGGAACUCUCCCUACUUCAACAGCAUCUACAUCCUCAUCGGCGACCUCUACUUUCUCGCCCAACACUUCUCAUUCAAGCACACGCAAACGCACAUUCCAGGACCACAGCACAGGCCAAACACAGACACAGAGCCAAAGGGUCACUGGAUCUAAGCAACCCCGACUGACUGCGGCAUCCAAGCCUUCGUCCUCUACAGCAUCCUCUUCGACUGUGGUCACCCGAACUCGACAUAGAGUGACUGGGGCGCAACAGAAUCACGCCCAGGGCAUUGCCUCGUUUAUGCGACAGUCAAAAAUGAGCACCUCUCAAAAGCGAUCCAACCCGAGCGCCAAAUCCCUUUCAAAGGACGCAGAGGAAUCGAAAUCCUCUGACUCUCAGGACUUCUCUGCCAGCAAUCUGUCACUGGAAGCUGACAAAGGUUGCUCAGGAACAGCAGGGGGUCGCACAGACGACCAUGGCGUCAUCACUGGGAAGCAAGAUGAUCAAGACACGAAUAAGACUAUUGAGCACUCUGCGGAGAUUUCGGAGAGCGGCGAUGAUAAAAAGGCGGCCAACGACCACGGCGACGAAGAUCAUGAAGAAGACGAGGAUGACGAUGAGGAUAACGAGGAAGAAGACGAAGAGGACGAGGACGACAAUGAAGACGACUACGAUCAGCACCAUCGCCGAGCAGAGCAAGAUGGGCUCUUUUCUUCUGGUGGCAGCAUGAGCGGUAUGGUCUCAGGAAUCUCUUCGCGAUUAAAGGGAAUCUUGAACAACCUUCGCGCAUACGAGGACCCAUCGCUUCAGUUGAUUGCCCUUCAAGAUUUGGCCGUGUUGCUUUCGGUUUCAACAGAAGAUACCCUGGCCGGAUAUUUCAGUUGCGACCCAUUCGUCAAGGAACUGGUUAUCCUGAUGCGUGGAAGCGGGGACGGCGACGACAACCCCGAGAUCAUGCUCCUUGCCUGCCGUUGCCUGUCAAAUUUGAUGGAAGCAAUGCCCGCAUCCCUUGGUAACAUCGUUUAUGGAGGAGCCGUGCCUGUUCUUUGCUCCAAGCUACUUGAGAUCCAGUACAUCGAUCUUGCGGAGCAAUCCUUGACAACCCUUGAGAAGAUUUCGUCCGAGUAUCCUCAUGCGGUUGUUAAGGAAGGAGGUCUGGCAGCGAUUCUGAUGUUCCUCGACUUCUUUGCCACCAACGUCCAAAGAACUGCUGUCAAGACGGCCGCCAAUUGUUGCCGGGGUAUCCAACAGGACAGCAUUAGCAUGGUCACCGACGUCUUGCCCAACUUGGAGAACCUUCUUCAGUACUCAGAUCAGAAGAUCGUCGAACAGGCGUGCCUUUGCUUUGUCCGCCUUGCGGAUAGCUAUAAAUCGAAUGCUGCGCAUCUGCAGACAAUCAUCACAGAGAACAUUCUGAGAACAAUUAUGUCCCUGCUGUCCCCGAAUGCGAACGUUGUUGUAGGACCUCAGAUUUAUACCCUCCUAUUGCAUUUUUUGAGCACUGUUGCUGAACACUCACCUACGCUCGGAUUUGUACUGUUGGAAAUGGAUAUCGUCGACACGCUGUUCUUGGUCCUUACUGGAACCCACGCUCCUGCAGCUCACGGAGAGGACAGCGGACCCCUGACUGUGCCCGACAUGGGGUCGCGAUCCAAGGAGCAGAUCUCAGAGAUUAUCGGCAUCAUCACAGAAUUGCUGCCUGCUCUGCCAAAAGACGACGCCCUGUUUGAUACAGAUUACAGAUACCGAGCGCUCAAAAAGGAGACACAGGAUGCUGGAACGCAGGAUAUACAAAGGGAGGACGUCGAGAUGAAGGCUGUUGCGAGCGAAGUCGAUAAAAGACAGGAGCUCCUGGAAUCUCACCCAGAUCGUAUGCAGAGACUUGGCACGAUCUUGAUCCCGACAUUGAUCGAGGUGUACACCUCCACGGUCCAUCUAAGAGUUCGUCAGCGAGCCAUCCAAGCCUUGGUGAAAUUGAUCUACUUUUCGAACUACACUGUUUUGAAAACUGCCCUCAAGAAUGUUGAACUGGCUAGUUUUUUGGCCGUUAUCCUGUCUCAGCAGGAGCACCAGUCCCUGCUAGUCGCUGCCCUGCAAAUCACCUACAUCCUCAUGGCAAAGAUUCCCUCUGUGUACCGCUUUUACUUUGAGCGAGAAGGUGUUACAUUCGAGAUUUCAAAAUUGGCGUACCUGGGCAUCGAACUUUCGCUCUCAAAUGACAACCCGGGCGUUGGAGAGGCAGAAAUAGGCCCUGCAAAGAGCAUCAAGAACGAUGGAGCUACAGCGGAUGUCAAGGCGGGAUCGACCAAGGCAGCAUCGGAGUCUGAAGACUCGCCGAACAGCACGAACAAAACGAAUGCGUCUGUCCCCGUCUCGACCGCCGGAAAACGGCUCUCCGGAAUGAUUGCUGAGCUCCGUGACAUGCGAAAUCAACCUGAACAAGAGCGGACAAUGGAUGAACAAUUGAAUGCCAUUGAAAAGGAGCUCGGUGCAGCGUGGAGUCGACUUCGCCUUGUAGGACAGAGCGAUACGCGGACUGAAUCCGAGACACUGGAAGAGCGUUUGUCGACUCUAGAGCAACUUCGUGCUCUGCAGCGCUUUGUCGCAGCCGGAUCUCGGUCGGUGGCCACAUCGCAAAAGGAAGAGAAAGGACUUGGAUCAGGAAAGACAAAGGAGUGGAUAUUCGAGCGAGCUAGGAUCAUCGUCGAGAUCUUUGAGACGGCGGGUAUCGAUGGCGAGACAGGAGCCCACCCAGGAUCUCCCGUUUUGUCUGACCUUAAACGAAUGGCUGAAGGACUUCGAGAAUCUGGUGAGGCCGCGACAAAGUCACUCAGGGAAUUGGCUCAGUACUUCGAACGAUUGGGUGCAACAGGAAUAUCGUCGUUCGAGUUCUUGAACAGUGGCCUUGUGCAGUCCUUGCUCGAGUACUUCACUGACAGGAAGGACACUGGAGGAUCCAGCCAAGAGGAGAGAAUCCAGGCAUUUGUUCGAGAGUUUAUGGUUCAUCCUCAAAGCGGAUCAUUAUCAAAGUCAGCAACAACGACAUCUUACGGUUUGCUGGUGAAGAAAAUGCAGGAAGCACUGACACGCAUGGAGACCUUUGAGGUCGAGGUGGCUCAGACGUCUUUGGGAGAAGCGCGCAACAACCCGUCGUCAAGCCUCGCCACUCAAGUCCGGCUCAAGCUGUCGCCAGAAGAAGGGACCGAGGUGCCAUCAGGUUACCAGAACUUGGUGGUUUCGAUCCAUGCCAUCGCCACAUUCAGGACCCUGGACGAAUAUCUUCGACCGCGUUUGAGACCAAAGCUAUCGUCAUUAGAAAAGAAAUCUGGAGUCGGAAGCGACGAAAACGGGUCAUCGAAAGAGCAGGACAAAAACAGUAAAACUAAAGUCAAGGGACCGUCCCCAACCACACGCAGGAGCAGCAGGCUUCAAAAACUCGCGGAGUCAGGAUCAGAGGAGAGAGUUUUCAGCACUACGCUUCAAGAGUCAUCAUCAGACAAGGAUGAAGAGGAAAACAAGGACGCAGACCACAGCGACCUGGAUGGCUACUCCGAGGUGAGCGAUGAAGACAUGGAGGAGAUAGAGUAUGAUCUCGAACGCAAGGUCAGAGUCAAGGGCGGCCGAGGUGCCGAUGCCUCCGCGAUUGACAUGGAGUCGGACGUGAAGACGAGCGAAACGACUGGACUGGAUGCACAUACAACGUCUGCAAAGAACAAGAACCAUGGCGACGACUGCCCAGCCAGAACGGAGUCCUCAGAGCCCACUAGGAAUGGCCGGUCUGAUGGCAUCUUGGCUUCGGAGUCGCCCUCGUCCUGGCACAUUCAAUUCUCACUUCAUGGGACCCCAAUCAGUACGGAGAUGACCGUCUAUGGCGCCAUACACGAACACGAGCGUAGGAAUGGCAGGAGUGCUUCACAAAGGAGCCUCUGGUCUUCCGUGUACCCCAUCAAGUAUAAGCGGGUCGACUCACCGCCUUCAGAGCACUCGGCGCUGGCUGGCAAUUCUCAAAGCAAUAGCGAGGCCGACCUUACGUAUACCGCAAAGAUGCCCAAGGAACUGCCUCAGCACGCAGAAUAUGCCUCGAUCCUGGGACUGUUGCGAGCCCUCCAUGCCUUGAACGACGACUGGAGACGCUUCUUUGCAGUGGAUGAACAGCUCCCCAAGGGCGCUGUGCUUCACCUCGAACCACGGGAGUUCGUAAACAGUAAAAUCUCGGCCAAAGUCAAUCGGCAGCUGGAGGAGCCUCUCAUCGUUGCCAGCUCCUGCUUGCCUGAUUGGACUACCGGACUCGUCACUGGGUUCCCAUUCUUGUUCCCGUUUGAAACACGCUACACCUACCUGCAGUCGACCGCGUUUGGUUUCUCGAGGUCUAUUAUGCGUUGGCAGAAUCAGCAGCAGCGAAAUGGGCACACUGAUCAGCGCGAUGACUCGCAGACGAUCUUGGGCCGGAUUCAACGGCAGAAGGUCCGGAUUUCUAGGCAGAAGGCGCUCGAGUCAGCAGUACGAGUCAUGGAUCUCUACGGCGCACAUCAGGCGAUGUUGGAAGUCGAAUAUUUCGAGGAGGUUGGAACGGGACUCGGCCCUACCCUGGAGUUUUAUUCUCUUGUGUCCAAAGAGUUCUGCAAGAAGUCUUUAAAGCUCUGGCGCGAUGAGGAUUCGGAAGCGGCGACGGAAUACGUCUCAGCUCCUCAGGGGCUGUAUCCGAGGCCGAUGAUACACUUCAAGGGCCAUUCCGACAAUGAUAAAAAAAUUCUAAAACUGUUUAGAUCGCUUGGUCAGUUCAUUGCCAAGGCCAUGCUGGACUCUCGGAUCAUCGAUGUGCCGCUGUCCGUGUUGUUUGUCAGCCAAUUGCUCGGACGUAAUCGGAAGCCCCAUCUGCAGCUGGUGUCGUCGAUCGACCCUGUUCUCGCUCGCUCGCUGCAUAGUCUUCAAGCGUUCGUAAUGGAGAAAAAGCGCAUCUACGGACUGAAUCUGCCUAGCAAGGAGCGUGAAAGUGCCUUAAAGAAUAUCGAAUUUCGGGGCUCUAGACUGGACGACAUGAGCCUUGACUUUACUCUGGCAGGAUAUCCUGAAGUCGAGCUCAAGGCUAGAGGCAGUAAUAUCCCAGUGACGAUUUAUAACGUCGAGGAGUACAUCGAACUUACCCUUGACAUGACAGUGGGACGCGGUAUUGAAGCGCAGAUCGCCGCAUUCCAGGCUGGGCUCAACUGCGUAUUUGCGAUCCAGAACUUGGCAGGAUUCCGUUCCGAGGAACUCGUCAAUCUGUUUGGUUCAGGGAAGGAAGACUGGUCGUAUGAGACACUAGUGGAUGCUGUGAAGGCUGACCACGGCUUCCGGAGCGAGAGUCGCGCGUUCAAGAACCUAUUGCUGGUUAUGAGCGAAUUCAGCAAGGAAGAGAGACGGCAAUUCCUGCAGUUCAUUACCGGAAGUCCCAAACUGCCCAUUGGAGGUUUCAAGAACCUGCAUCCACCAUUCACGGUCGUCUGCAAGCCAUUCGAGGCACCACUGAAGGCUGACGACUAUUUGCCCUCGGUGAUGACAUGUGCUAACUACCUCAAGAUGCCGGACUAUUCUUGCAAGGAAGUUACGUUGGCGAAGUUCAAGAUGGCGUAUGAAGAGGGUCAAGGCAGCUUUCAUUUAUCCUGAGCGAGCCAGGAGUACGACAAGAAAAGCGAAUGAUCGCGGCAUGCGCACUUCGGGCUCUUCUUUUUACCACUCCCUCUUUUCAUUUUUUUUUCUGUUUCUUCUUUUUUCUUCCAUGAGUCGAUAGACGGUGGAUUUGGGAACCCGAGCGUGAAUACGGGAUGACUUUAUGUACUUUUAGCUUUCUUUCUCCUCUUUCUACUUCUUUACUCUUUGUGCUGGUGAGGUGUGUCUGAAUCAUUUCGCGGAUACAAUGCGAUCGUAAAUAGUGAGCGGCAUUCACGGCGCGUGUCAUUUGGCAAUAAACUUUAACGAGGAUUACCUCUUCAUUGG